AUGGCUAGCGAGAGUGCCCAUCCUGCCUCCACCUCCGGCGGAGGCGGCGAUGAGGAGGUAGAUGCUCCCGACUAUGAUCCGGCGGACAUAGUCGAGAUUGAAGGCUUCCACGACCCAGUGGCAGCAGCUGCUGAUGACGACCAUCCCGGCGUCACAGCUCCGGCGGAAGAAGAGGCCGAGCCAGCUGAGCCGGCCCGCCCUGUCAUCCGUAUCUCGGACCGUGUGAUGGAGCGCCACACACAGCCUGACGUUCUACCCACCAGGGAGAACGCUGGAAUCAACACCAUGCAUGAACUGUUAGCCGAGCAGAAUGCCGGUGCCUGUAUUGUGACGGCGGGCGUGAAAUAUUAUCAGUUCCCAGGCAAUCCGCACCACACCGUAUCGAACCCGAACGUGUGGAAGCGUCUUCUCCCGCAGGAGUUGACGACUGGCAAGCAGAUAGGUAUGUGGGAUCUGCGUCCACUCUACGAAGCUGAUGGUGCCUUCAACGCCCACGUGGGGUGUGGAGGCAAAUGUCGAGACUGCGGUCCGACAGGCUACACGCCGGCCACGGUUCAGGCGCUCCAGAACCAGGGCCUUAGGACCGGCGGAAGCCGCAAGGCUCCGUGCACUGUCGACACCUUCAAGGGCCGACCCUGCUUUCACUCACGACCCUGGCCAGGCCGUCCGGCUCAUGGCCUCUCGAGGCCCACAGCCACGUGCACCGACCCCAGGUGCCAGCCGCCCGGCGGAGCCAGGAGGCCCGCCACCUCCAGUGUCAGUGCCUACACGCGCACGCGUACUCCAGUGACGCUGCGCCCGGCAGUUGUUAAGGCAACCCCAAAGGUGCCUCCAGGCGAACCCAACGACAUAUUGGCGCGACAGAGCCAUGCGCCUGACCCGACAGCCCCACCGCCAGGGGUGCGCGCGUUGCCAGCGCACCAGGCAAUGCCAAUUGGUCCAGGACCCGUGGCGGGCAUGGACGGACCCGAGAGGGAGUUGUGGACAUUGCAUGCCACAUCCGCCGCGAGAAUCUGGGCGGAACGCGAAUUGCACGUCUAUCCCAUCGGAGGAAGACUGUGCGUGGAGGCUCCUCCGACUCCCUACCAAGAGGAGGGAGAGAAUCAGUAUUUCAUUGUCGCCAGGCCUACUCUCGAGGAGGCAGACACAUUGAGCGGUCCACCUACGCGGAACGCAACCCGGGUGCUCCCGCCAAAGGCCUUACAGCCGUGGCCCGGGACCCAUGAAGGGCCCGCUGCCUCCUCCAAUGAGUAG